AUGUCUGUUGAUGCAGUUGGAAGACAAGGUCUAUCACCAUUACAAAAGUGCACCGCCGCUAUUCGUAUGUUGGCGUAUGGAUCACCUGCUGAUAGUGUUGACGAGUACGUUCGAAUUGGUGAAAGUACUGCAAUUGAGUGCUUAAAGAAUUUUGUAGAAGGCUCAAAUAAUGACAUUACUGUGCUAAACCAAUCUCCCGUGUUUAAUGAGGUUUUGCGUGGAGCUGCUCCCAUGGUGAAAUUUAGAGUGAAUGAAACAAUGUAUCACAUGGGAUACUAUCUAGCAGACGGCGCAACUGGGAAUGCUGAAGCCAACAAUGAAGGUACUAUACCUUUCAUCAAUGUUCAUUGCAACAAAGCAAAUGAGAAAGGUGCACCUGAAUACAAACACCUAAUUACAAUCCAUUGUGGGUAUUCAAAAGGGCCUAUGAAAGUUGAAGAUAAAGUGAAAAGGCUGAGUUUAAGUGAGAAGAAACUCAAAAGUGCUUUUGAAUCUCUUGGAGCAGACCUCUUUAGGUUCACACAAAAGAAUAUCCUCAGAGUUUAUCCUAAAGGAGAGCGUGUCAAAUCGUCAAAUUUUAAACCACAUUUAGGGUGGAUGUAUGGAGCUCAGAUGGUGGCAUUCAAUAUGCUGGGGUACGACAAAUCACCUUGGUAUCAGCAGGGGAUGUUCAGAGCAAAUGGAGGAUGUGGUUAUGUGAAAAAGCCUAACUUUCUGAUGGGGAAUUGUAACACCCCGAUUUCGGAAUCUUCCAAAUGA